AUGACCUCCGCACUCAACGGCCAUGCGCCGAAGUCUCGAUUGUCCGUCCAACGCCGCAUUGAACACCAUGAAGCCGACGUUGUCAUUGUCGGCGCCGGAAUUCUGGGCUGCGCACUGGCUGUUGCGCUGGGACGACAAGGCCGCAGCGUGAUCUUGCUAGAGCAGUCUAUGAAGGAACCCGAUCGCAUUGUCGGCGAACUGCUCCAACCCGGAGGAGUGAAUGCGCUGGAACGUUUGGGCCUGCGGGACUGCCUUGACGGUAUCGACGCGAUCGACGUGGACAGCUACUAUAUCACAUACUUUGGCGAACCCGUCAAGCUGUACUACCCCAAGGAGAACCCCUCCUCCCCUCGACCGAUUGGAAAAUCCUUCCACCAUGGCCGCUUCGUCAUGAAGCUGCGCGAGGCGGUGUUGGCUUGUCCCAACGUGAAGGUGAUAGAGACCAAGGCUACGGGUCUGGUGACGUCGUCGCAAGUACAGGGACAGGUGCUUGGUGUGGAGUGCGUGACGCAGGAUUUGAAGGAUUGCUACUUCGGCCAGCUCACCGUCGUCGCGGACGGCUAUGCCUCGAAAUUCCGCAAGGCACACCACCCUCACACACCCAAGGUCCGCUCAAAAUUCUGGGGCCUUGAACUCAUCGACGCGAACCUUCCCUCCCCGAACUCCGGCCACGUCCUCCUCAGCGAUAAGCCUCCUGUCCUCAUUUACCAGAUUGGUACCCACGAGACCCGAAUCCUCAUCGAUGUCCCCGAUAACCUCCCCUCGGCUUCGGUGAAGAAUGGUGGUGUCAAGAGCCACCUACGGAACGUCGUCCUGCCCUCCCUGCCUGAGGGAGUCAGGCCGUCGUUUGAGGCAGCACUUGAUAAGGGUCAAUUACGCUCCAUGCCAAAUUCCUUCCUACCCGCAUCCACCAACAAGACCCCUGGGUUGUUAAUCCUGGGCGAUGCGUUGAAUAUGCGGCAUCCGUUGACUGGUGGUGGGAUGACCGUGGCCUUGAAUGACGUCUGCUACAUCCGCGAGCUGCUAAGCCCAGAGGCUGUGCCAGAUCUGGGAAACACCGCGGUGGUGCUGAAACAACUCUCCCGCUUCCACUGGAUGCGCAAGAACUCCUCCUCUGUCAUCAACAUUCUCGCACAGGCGCUUUAUCAGCUUUUCGCCGCGAAUGAUUCCAAUCUCCUCGCUCUCCAACGAGGUUGCUUCCGCUAUUUCCAGAUCGGUGUCGUGGACGGCCCGAUCGGCCUCCUUGCAGGUCUGAUUCAGCAACCCUUCGUGCUCUUCCGCCACUUCUUUUCCGUUGCCUUCCUCUCUAUAUGGGUUCUUUUCCGAGAAACACCCAUCACACAACUAAUCUUGUUCCCAUUGCGGUCCUUCAUGGUGUUCUGGACAGCAUGUGUCGUGAUUUUCCCAUUCAUUUUUGCCGAAAUCUGGAGCUGA